CACCAACACAACUGCCGAGGUGCGAUCCGAGUGUGGGACUAUAAAAGUCAAAACCAGAUCGGAAGCAAAGUGUAUUGCUCCAACAGUCCUUAGACUACGAGGAGGUUGGCAAAGUAGUAUUACAUUAUUCCAAGAUGCAGACUGCACUGAUUAUUCUAUCAUCGGCAUUGGCCGUGAGCACAGGGAGCAUAAUAUCGCUGGUCCCGAUUUCGUACGUGGCGAGUCCGCUGCCGACGUACAAUCAUGUACAGAAUACUCUGACUGGUGAAUACGCCUACAACUAUGCCGGGGGUCCGUCGGCCAAGGAAGAAAUCAAGACGCUCGACGGAGUGACGCGAGGUGCGUACAAUUACAUCGACGCCUUCGGCAUAGUCCAGUCGGCCCAAUACGUCGCAGACAAGGACGGCUUCCGCAUCGCGGCGACAAACGUGCCGACCGACGCCCAAGUCGGUGUAAAUGUCCCGCUGGAAACGGCCGAGGUUCAAGCCGCAAAAGCUGCCCAUUUCGCCGAGCACGCGAAGGCCGUGGCGGCUUUGGGCCGCAAGAAGCGCAGCCUGAGCCACGCCGCGACGGCCGUUUCUAGCCAGUACCAUCACCAAGAGCACGAGUCCCUCAAGCUUGAGGCCCCACUCUACAAGCAGUACCUCCCCGCCGCCCCACUCCAGACUUAUGCAAGCUAUGAGAUACCGGUCGCCGUUUCGGCCGUCCCGACCGCCGUCUCCCACCAGUCGAGAAGCCAGACCCACAAUAACGCCAGGAUCGAGCUUUCGGAGCCUCUCGUCUACGCCCAAUUCGCAAGCUCCGUUGCCGCCGUUCCCGAGCAGGUUAUCGGCUACCACGAGGCCGUCGCACCGGUCGCCGUUUCGGUCGUCCCGACCGCCGUCUCCCACCAGUCGAGAAGCCAGAUCCACAAUAACGCCAAGAUCGAGCUUUCAACGCCCGUUGCCUAUGCUCAAUUUGCAGGCCCCGUUGCUGCCGUUCCCGAGCAGGUGAUCAGCUACCAUGAGGCUGUCGCACCGGUCGCCGUUUCGGUCGUCCCGACCGCCGUCUCCCACCAGUCGAGAAGCCAGAUCCACAAUAACGCCAAGAUCGAGCUUUCAGCGCCCGUUGCCUACGCUCAAUUUGCAGGCCCCGUUGCCGCCGUUCCCGAGCAGGUGAUCAGCUACCAUGAGGCAGUCGCACCGGUCGCCGUGGCCGCCGUGCCGACCGCGGUUUCCAGCCAGAGCCGAUUCCAGGUCCACAACAGCCAGACGGUCGAGGUCCAGAACCCGCCACACGUCGAGCCUGUUGUUUCCGUCGCUCCGAUCGCUCCGGAGGUCGAUUCGGUCGUCGUUGAGGCCAAGACCGCCGCUGCUGCCGCGAUUCCGGUCGCCACGGUCGCCUCCGUACCGACCGCCGUCUCUAGCCAGAGUAGAACGCAAGUCCAUUCUGGCCAGCGCGUCGAGAUUGAGGCUCCGCAAGUCUAUGCCGCUCAGCUCAUCGACUCCUAUGGUAACCCAGCGGUCGCCGUUUCCUCCGAGACACUCUACGCGCCGUCUCACCUUGUCGCUCAGCUGCCCCGAGACACUCCGGAGGUCGCUGCCGCCAAAGUAGCUCAUGCCAAGGCCUACGCGGCUGAACUUGAGAAGCACCAAGGGUGGUAGGGAGCCACGAUUUGCGGAAAAACGUUAUGCAUAUAUAUACGACAUUAGCGACUGAUUUAGGCGCGGAUUCUCGGCAGGGGCUGGUCGUCGGUGAAUAAAUAAUGACUCGUGAUAAUGCAGUAUGCGAAUUUUUUAUGUGGGAAACUGUAACGGCGGGGUGAUCUGGGGUUUAUCGGAAAUUUUUUUCCAC